GUAUGUGGAUAUAAUAACCGCCCAUUCUUCUUCCAUUCAUUGAGAAAGUAGACAUCCCAAUCUUGUUCUUCCCCUGAUCGACGAUGCCUCGCCGAAGCUCUGGAGGACGCACUGCCCCUCGUCCAGUAAGGAACCUGCCGCAGCCAGCUCGCUCUGCACCACCACCAGCACCUGUUCAAGGAGGAUCAGCUCUUGGAGGAAUUGGUGCCACUAUAGCAGAUGGCAUUGCUUUUGGUACUGGAAGUGCUAUUGCACACAGGGCAGUUGAUUCUGUGCUUGGCCCUCGUACUAUUCAACAUGAGAUGGUUGCCCCUCCAGCCCCAGCAGCUACUGCAGCUCCGUUGAGCAGUUCUAUUGGCUCCGAUGCUUGCAAUACACAUUCCAAAGCCUUCCAAGAUUGCAUCAACAACUUUGGGAGUGAUAUCAGCAAAUGUCAGUUCUACUUGGAUAUGCUGAACGAGUGUCGCCGAGGCUCUGGUGGUGUUGUUGGCAUCUGAUAUAGCAGAAACACCACUGCUUAGUGGGACAGGAGUCUUCAUUGAUUUUGAUACUUUUGCUGUGGAACAUUGUGUAAUAUUUACUUGGAAUAAGGUGGUUCGUGACCGCUAUUUAAUUGCAAAGUUGGAAAAGGUUAGUGACUUUGUGUUGUUUUUAACAAUUAAUGUUUCCUGCUUUCGGUAUUUGUUCUUUUUAAAAUAAUGUGCAUACGUACCAGCAACAUGGAUUUCUGAA